UUUUAUUUUUACAGAUGACUAUGGAUGAGAAAUAUGUGAACAGCAUCUGGGAUCUUCUGAAAAACGCAAUCCAAGAGAUUCAGCGUAAGAACAAUAGUGGUCUCAGUUUUGAGGAGCUGUAUAGAAAUGCUUAUACAAUGGUGUUGCAUAAACAUGGUGAAAAACUCUACACUGGACUAAGAGAAGUGGUCACUGAGCAUCUAAUAAACAAGGUGCGAGAAGACGUGUUAAAUUCCUUGAAUAACAACUUUCUACAAACACUAAACCAAGCGUGGAAUGACCAUCAAACAGCAAUGGUGAUGAUUAGAGACAUUCUGAUGUAUAUGGACCGAGUGUAUGUGCAACAAAACAAUGUGGAGAAUGUCUACAACUUGGGCCUGAUAAUUUUUCGAGAUCAAGUUGUACGUUACGGAUGCAUCAGGGAUCACCUGAGGCAAACCCUGCUGGAUAUGAUUGCAAGAGAGAGGAAAGGAGAAGUUGUAGACAGAGGCGCAAUAAGAAAUGCUUGCCAGAUGUUAAUGAUUCUAGGUCUUGAAGGAAGGUCAGUCUAUGAAGAAGACUUCGAGGCUCCAUUUUUGGAAAUGUCUGCAGAAUUUUUUCAGAUGGAAAGUCAGAAAUUUUUAGCUGAAAACAGUGCUUCUGUGUAUAUAAAGAAAGUAGAAGCUAGAAUUAAUGAAGAAAUAGAGCGGGUGAUGCAUUGUCUGGAUAAAUCAACAGAAGAACCCAUUGUGAAAGUUGUUGAGAGGGAGCUUAUUUCCAAGCAUAUGAAAACUAUAGUGGAAAUGGAGAACUCUGGGUUAGUUCAUAUGCUGAAAAAUGGGAAGACAGAAGACCUUGCUUGCAUGUACAAGUUGUUCAGCCGUGUGCCAAAUGGUCUGAAGACGAUGUGUGAGUGCAUGAGCUCAUACUUGAGAGAGCAAGGCAAAGCACUGGUUUCUGAAGAGGGAGAAGGAAAGAAUCCAGUUGACUACAUUCAGGGUUUACUGGACUUGAAGAGUAGGUUUGAUCGCUUCCUUCAAGAAUCUUUCAAUAACGAUCGGCUCUUCAAGCAGACGAUUGCGGGUGACUUUGAGUACUUCCUCAACCUCAACUCCAGGUCUCCAGAGUACCUCUCAUUAUUUAUUGACGAUAAGCUGAAAAAGGGAGUCAAGGGACUAACAGAGCAAGAAGUAGAAACUAUAUUGGAUAAGGCAAUGGUUUUAUUCAGGUUUAUGCAAGAGAAAGAUGUUUUUGAACGCUAUUACAAGCAGCACUUGGCAAGAAGACUUCUCACAAAUAAGAGUGUUUCAGAUGACUCUGAGAAAAAUAUGAUCUCCAAAUUAAAGACUGAAUGUGGAUGUCAGUUCACAUCGAAACUGGAAGGAAUGUUCAGGGACAUGAGCAUCUCAAACACAACGAUGGAUGAGUUCAGGCAACAUCUUCAGGCGACAGGGGUGUCACUAGGAGGUGUUGAUCUCACAGUGCGUGUCCUCACAACAGGUUACUGGCCUACCCAGUCAGCCACACCAAAGUGCAACAUCCCUCCAGCUCCCAGACAUGCUUUUGAAAUAUUUAGAAGAUUUUAUUUAGCCAAACACAGUGGGCGACAGCUGACACUCCAGCAUCACAUGGGUUCUGCAGAUCUCAAUGCCACUUUCUAUGGGCCUGUUAAAAAGGAAGAUGGCUCAGAAGUUGGUGUAGGAGGUGCCCAAGUAACUGGCUCAAAUACACGGAAGCACAUAUUGCAAGUCUCCACUUUCCAGAUGACAAUAUUAAUGCUAUUUAACAACAGAGAAAAAUACACGUUUGAGGAAAUUCAACAAGAAACUGAUAUCCCCGAAAGAGAACUGGUUAGAGCCCUACAGUCCCUUGCAUGUGGCAAACCAACACAACGUGUUCUCACAAAAGAGCCCAAAUCAAAAGAAAUAGAAAAUGGUCAUAUAUUUACAGUGAAUGAUCAGUUCACAUCUAAACUACACAGAGUCAAGAUUCAGACGGUUGCUGCCAAACAAGGAGAAUCUGAUCCAGAAAGGAAAGAAACAAGGCAGAAAGUAGAUGAUGACAGAAAACAUGAGAUAGAAGCUGCUAUAGUUCGGAUAAUGAAAUCUAGAAAGAAGAUGCAACACAAUGUGCUAGUAGCAGAGGUAACUCAGCAGCUGAAGGCCCGAUUCUUACCAAGUCCAGUUGUUAUUAAAAAACGUAUUGAAGGACUUAUUGAGAGAGAAUAUUUGGCACGAACACCUGAGGAUCGCAAAGUAUACACUUACGUAGCAUAAAAUGCGUUCAGAAAAUUUGAUUUAUUCUUGGACUAUACUCUUCGCAUGAACUGGGAAGUUCUUUUAAAUCAUUAAUAUUAAGACGACCAUCUUCUCUAUUAAAUUACAUGUUCUAGACCAUUCAGAUCAAGCCUUUUACUCCUUUUGAGAGUUUUUGACAUGAAUUAAUUGAGCUUCAGGCUUUUCAACGUUAUCCCUGUAGAGAUCAUCCUUACAAUUCUUCGGGAAAAUGUGAAUGUGCCGCGUUUGUUUUCAAUACUGUAUGAAAACAGAGAAAUAAAAAUGACUUUAGAAAAUACAGCUCAUUUAAAAAAAUAAAUUUGUUGGAAUUUCAUUUCCCCAGAUCUUCAGUGUUGAUGUAAAUGUGUUUCUGUAGUGUUGCUUAGCACUUCGCGCAUUGUAUAAGUUGGGUUUAAAAGAAACCACAAGUGGUAAGGCAGAAUUCCCACUUACCUUGCUCUGCUUCAAAUGUUUCUUUAACUAGACAUGUUUAAUUUAAAUACUUGCUAAUUUUUUGAAGACCCAAGAAGACAACUUGAGCAUGUUUCACUCUUCCAGCUGCACUCACUGUUCCAACAUGAAUCAGGAACUUCUGGGGGCUCAAAAAAGACCGUAAUAAUUUUGGCUUUCCCUUCUGUAAUUUGAGUUCUUCUAAAUUAUAUUGAUUAGGUUUUUUUCUGGUUUCUUUAUAGGAAAAAGGACAAGAUUUUAGUGUGUAUAAACUGUAUAAUAAUUUUUGCUGUUGUACUCACUGCUGAUGGUGGAUUGUACAGGGCGAUGUUUUUAUUUCACUAAAUGUAGACAAAAUAAAUUUAAAAUAAAU